AUGGCUUGGGUGAUAGUGAACAAAGUAUUGAACAGGUUAAAGAAGCCGGUGUAUUUUCUCGACGUGACGACACUUUCUCAGUACAGAAAAGAUGCACAUCCGGAAGGGUACAGUGGUGUUAUGUCAACAGAUUGUAGUCAUUGGUGUCUUCCAGGACUGCCUGAUACAUGGAAUGUUCUUCUUCAUGCAGCUCUUUUUGGUUGA